GGAGUCGACCUCAAAAGCACUGCGCGUGAAGCUCACCAAUUCCAAGUCAAGACAACGCCCACUCGUCCCCGUGGAGCCUCCCAAGAUGGGGGCCGCCGUUGGGAAGGCAGCGGAAGAUUUCGCCGGUGCGCCGAAAACGCAAGCGACGGCCCGGCUUGACCUUGCCGAGCACGCUAUACUACAGUGGAAUCGCUCCCCCGGCGCCGACUCCGGCAUAUGGGACGCGGAGGCGAACUACACCAACAAGGGCCUCCUCUCCGCGGUCGACGACGUGCUCCUCCUGGUGGAGGAGGACCCUUUCCCCACCGCUGCUUCCUCCGCUCGUCGCCGCCUGGACAGUGUCGUCGGCGUCGCCAUGGCGCGCAUGGUGGAGGAGUUCCUGCGCGUCAAGGUCUGGAACGUCUCCCAGCUGCGCUUCGCCGUGGACAAGCUCUCGUUGGCCUCGAGCGGCGUGUCGCUGGUGGCCUUCCCCAGUGCCGGCGACAGAACCAGCACGGCAAGCACCGGCGGGGAGUUCGACGCGUCCGACGGAAGCCAGUCACGGUCGACCUCGACCGUGCCGGACGAGGUCGCGGCCCUCUUGGACGGCGAGUUCUUGGAUGAGCUCGAUCUCAUCUGCCCAGCAGGCGUGUCCGUCCUUCACGAGAUCGUGUUGCGGGUGAUCCGUGCCGGCUGCACCAAGGAUCUCCUCCGGGCGUUCGCGAACGCUCCCUGCGAUGUGCUAGACAGAUUCUUGUCCAUUCUUCGGGUUGAAUGCUCGCGGCGGACGACGGAGGUCGUGAUCAGGCGGUGGACUCUGGUGACUAAGGUAAUCGGGAAGGCCGUCGUUGCCAUGCGAAGGCAGCUGUACGCGCAGGAUCCAGGUGCCUUCGACGGUUUUAAGGACGAAUACUUGCUGGCCAUCGCAGAAAACCGCACCCUGAUACUGCUCAAGUUCGCGGACGAGUUCACCAGCAUCACAUCGCACGAGAAGCUCAUGUACAUCCUCGGCAUGUACGAGGCUCUAAGCGAUGCUGCUCCCAGCCUCCUGCUCUUGUUCAGCGGGGCGCGCAAGGAGCUCAUCUCUGAGAAGACGCAGGAUAUCCUCACCAAAUUGGCUGACGUGGUGAAAACUAUGAUCGGCAGUCUCAUGGCCAAGAUCCAAAGUGAUUGGUCGCACACGCCGAGUGCGACAGACGGCGUCCAUCCGCUGACGCGGUACGACAUGGCCUGCGUCGAGCUGUUGGCACCGCACCGCACCGCUUUGGACGUGAUCCUCGCGAAUGGUGAUGGAGAUGGAGCCGGUGCUCCUGCCGGCGGCGCCGAGCGCGUGACCUCGUUCGGCAGCCUCGUCUCGGAGCUAAUCGUGGGCCUCGAACGCAACCUCGAAGAGAAACCCGCGCUCGCCUGCGCGGCCGCGGGAGGUUCGCCGCACCUCUUCCUGGCCAACAACAUAAGCUUCUUGCUGAACCGCGCCGCGGACGCCGACGUGACGUCUCUGCUCGGAGACGAGUGGGCCGCACGCCGUCGUAACCGGCUCGAGCGGCACACGGCGAGCUACGUCGAGGUAUCUUGGGGUCCGGUCGUCGCCUGCCUGGAGAUGCCCGUGGGUGGCAACGACAAGCCGACGAAAGUUCUGUCAAAAUUCAACGCCGCGUUUAAGAGAGCGCACGGCAGCCAGGUGUGCCGCGAGGUUCCGGAUCCCGCGCUCCGAGCGGCCCUGCGGAAGGCUGUGUCGGAGAUGGUCGUUCCUGCUUACUGCGCCUUUCUGCAGAAGCAUCCAAAGCUUGGAAAAUCCGUCAGGUACACGGCUGACGAUCUGGCUGAGUCGCUGUCGGAAUUGUUCGAAGGAGAUGCCGCGGAUGGCACUAAGUCCUAGUGCUUUAUGCACGCGUAGAACAUCUUCAGAUUGUGCGUGCCAAUAAGUUUGGCCUUUUUGACAAGCCUAACUAGCUUCUAUUUUUUUCGUGGAUGAUAUAGCAGUGAUGAAAACAUGUAGCCCUGUAGCAGUCAGUGGUGGCACCACUAGUUUCUUACCAUGCACAAAUAAUCUGAGCAUGCAAAUUAUGAGCCAGAAAGCAGCAACAUUUUUCAUGUUGACAGAAGCUCACGUAGUAGUUGCUUCUUACAUGAUUAAGGAACAGAUCGGCCACAGAUCACAAGAACAGCUACCGGAAUGCUGCUUAUGAAAUAUGACAGAUAUGAUCAAUUUGCUGGGUAACAUGGCUACUUCGCAUUGGGCAUGCGCACUUGGAAUGAAAGUUCAGAGUUACCGCUGAGUUCAAACUCGCAGGUUUCGCCUUCUCGCAGGUCGUUCUCCCUGCUGAUGUCAACCCAGCCAGUGAUGAAGGCGUUGAACCUUGGGGUGCACUGGUACAGCACAGGCCAGAGUCUCAUGCAUGGGUCCUUGAGCACUACAACUUUCCUUCCAUGUUUCUUCCUUCUUGGCAGAACCGGCAGUCGACUUGGAAGCUCCUGUAAGAAAAAUCUUUUAGAACAAUGGUGAAGAAUGGUAAGCUCACAUCAAUCAAACAUUUUCACACGUGUGUGAGGAAAAGAAAUCAAAGUAGAGAGAUCGAACAAUUAGUACAUGGCGUGUAACUGAACUUUAGACUGAAAAUUCAGAAUUCAGACUAAAGUUUGCAAGAGUUCGAUAAAUAACAAUGGAUUCGACGCUAU